GAGACUCAAAUUUUGGUGCAUUUUUUACUUUAUUUACAAAAAUAAAUAGUGAAAAUGACUCUAACGGAUGCCAUAUUAAAGAAAGCGCACUCCCCAAAAGCUAUAUAUUAUAAGAAUAAGUAUAUUUCACCUCCACCAGAGCUGGAGGAGUGCGUUGAAAAGAAGAAGACAAAACGACCAUACAAAUACGCACACGUGCCAUCGUUCGUGGACACGGCCCCUCCGCGCUUCGACCCGGCUCGCUUGGGGCGCCAUCUGCCGGAAUGGACGCGCCGCACGCUCGCCAUCUACAACCAGAAUAUGGUGCUGCUCACUGCUAUCAAACGCGCACAUUUUGAACGGGGUAGAGUGGACAGCCGUUGGAAGACGCGCCCAGCCGGCUCGCUGCAGUACUACCGGAAUCGCGCUGACUUUUACAAGCGCCUCGAGGUGAAGAACAGAGAGCUCUACAAGCGAAUCGUCAACACUCCACCCCGGUUACAAACAGCCGCAGCGCUGGCGCGCGAAUGGUCGGGAACCCGGCGGGAGAUCAUCCGGCGCGCACAAGCCAAGUUCGUGUUGUUCCCGCCGCACCCGCGCGAGUUGAUAGAAGACGAGGCGUUCGGGGCGCCGCCUGGCGUGAGGCGCCCGAGGGUAUACUUGAGCCUGCGCGUGCGCAACUGCGCGGUGCUCGGCGAGCUGUGCGCGGAGUUGUUCGCGGACGCGUGCCCCGCCACCUGCCGGCUGUUCCUGCAGCUGCUGGCGGGAGACGGGCUGGGGCACGGCUACGUCGGCACCUGCUUCUUCAGCCUGCGCGUGCGCAACUGCGCGGUGCUCGGCGAGCUGUGCGCGGAGUUGUUCGCGGACGCGUGCCCCGCCACCUGCCGGCUGUUCCUGGAGCUGCUGGCGGGAGACGGGCUGGGGCACGGCUACGUCGGCACCUGCUUCUUCAGGUACCUAUUAUAUUAG